AUGUGCAAAGGUUUCGGCUCCACCCUGACCGGACCCGCUCUGCAGUGGUACAUCAACUUACCCUCCAGGUCCAUAGCCUCCUUAGCGGUUCUCAGCGACAUAUUCGUGGAGCAAUUCGCAAGCAGAAGGGACCUGGAGAAAACCUCCGACAGCCUCUACGAAAUCCUCCAGUUUCGAGCAGAACCCCUGCGAGGCUACAUAGCCCGCUUCAAUCAAGAGAAGGUGGCUAUCCCCAAAUGCAGUAUCCCCAACGCUAUAUCCGCUUUCAAGAGAGGUCUGCUCCCCGACGGAGACCUGUACAAGGAGCUGACCAAAUAUCAGUGCAACACCAUGGAAGACGUCCUAUCUCGAGCCUGGGCGCAGGUCAUGUGGGAGGAGGACGUCGCCAGCAGGGCCAAAGCGCAGCAAAAGCAAUAUCCCAAGACGAUCAGACCAGACCGAACCGAUUUAGACGAGAAACCCUCUCAAAGAUCAGCUAGGGACUCCAGAAAUCGAAACUGGGGCAGGUACCAGAACCGGCCGAUCGAGAAGAUGGGCCAACAGGUCAAGUGGCCUCAGAAGAUGAAAGCUCCCGACUCUUUCCGGAACCCUGGCUUUUGGUGCGACUUCCAUCGAGACCACGGUCACAAAACGGAGGACUGCGUCGCACUAAAGAUCGAGGUCAACGAACUGCUUAGGAAAGGGCACCUCAGGGAGUUCCUUUCUGAUAAGGCCAAGAGCCAUCUAAGCAAGGAGACAACGGGUAAGCCCGUCUCGCCACCGCGACAGGACCGAGUGGUACAUGUCAUUUCGGGCGGUUCAGAAAUUAGCGGCAUAAGGCAUGCAGCUGCAAAGAAAAGCACUUGGAACCCCAAGCAUGGCCUAGAGGCGGCCAAGCCAAAACAUAUGCUCCUAGGAACAUACGAGAUAAGCUUCACGGACAAGGAGCAGGAGAAAGACCUCACUCCGCAUCACAACGCUCUGGUUAUCUUGCUCACUGUAGCGAACUGCCUGGUAAAAAGGACACUGGUCGAUGAUGGAAGCUCCGGCAACAUCAUCUUCCAGGCCGCAUACAAAGACCUAGGGCUGGAUGAAGGGGCUCUAACUCAGAGGGUAACCCCCCAUAUAGGGUUCAACGGGGAAGUCAAAUAA